AAAGAAUAGGAUUUGGUCGCUGAUUGAUUAGAGGUGUUCUCUCACUGCUGACCUUUCCCCAAUGCCUCCGCGACUUUUGCUGGUAGGGUGGCGACGAAUGGGGGUUGGCUGGCUGUUCUUUUGGCUUUUGCUGCGACAGUUUCUUUCAAACAUAUUUGGGAUUCGGCGUAAAAGAAUGGAGAAGAAGCAGCAUCAGGAACUACAGCAGCAGCAUGAGUCAUUUUCCAAGGUGGAUGAAGAUUCGCCGGAAGCUAUGGAGGAUUCUGUAAUUUCUGAUUUUGAAGACAUGUCAGACGAUGACCAAGAAGAAGAAAUGUCGGACCAUGACCAAGACCAAGAAAUGUUAGACCAUGACCAAGAAGAAGAACAAUGUGCUGAACCCGUUACUGGGACAGAAGUUGCAGUGGCUGAAAAAACGGAUGGAAAAAUGCUCAAGGAUAUAUUUGAAAUUCUAAUUCCAGGCGAUAUUACACGAUUGAUCUUUAAUCGAUUGGAUACUGAGGAACGCGAGGAGGCACGCCUGGUUUCAAAACGAUGGGCAGAGCUGAUUGAUUCAACCUUGAAAUGGAAACCUUACCUGUAUGACCAUGGAAUUAAGGAGCUCAAAAGAUUUAUUCGAAAAGGCUACCCGAUCGACGAGCUCAAUGUAUCCAAACUUCAAGGCUUUGUCUACCCCGAGAGUGGAAUGGGAUUUGUUAAAGUGAGAGCCAUUCAUUUUCUCCCGUUUAAAGAUAGAGGCGAGAAAAAGUACAGGGGGAUUUCGUCAGAUAAUCUGAGAAAUAUGAUGCUGGAACUGAAGAAUGUGGAAGAAAUACACUUACACAGCAUGGCCUUGAAUGAAGCGGACAAACUUUCGUUUCAAUCGAUGGAUUUGCCCAUGUUAAAGUCGUUGGAGAUCUCGACGCUGGAUACUGACGGACCUGGAUUCGAUGUUUGUCUUAAAGCGAUCGACAAUACGUAUCCCAGCCUCGUGCAGUUGCGAGCGAGCAUUUUCUUUGACGUGGACGGCGAACUGAUUGAACUUCCUCCAUAUUACAAAAACAUUUUCCAGUUCUGCGUCCGACAUAAGGAGACACUGAGGGAUUUUCAUGUCGAUUUUAAUACUGGAGGAUACGUAGAGCCUAUGGCGGCUGACCUAACUGAGGACCUCGAAAUGUCUGCUGAAGAAUUUCUACAGUUGAAGACGGAAUUGACAUCUGUUCGGCUAGAUAAAUUUGUAAUGGCACCAACCGUCUACGAAGGGCAAAAUCGAUUCACUUUGGCAUGCACUCUGCUUGAAAGUCAGAAAUAUCUCACCGUUUUGAAAAUACCGAAUCUUCAUCGAUGUAAUAAAACAAUGUGGACGCAUGUUAAAGCUGCAAUUUCACAAUGUUCAUCCACACUGACAACAAUUGUGAUUCAAGGAUGUUUCUGUCCAUCCGACGGUAUCAUGGAACAUUAUUCUUGCACUGCUUUGCAUUCCUGCCGCAACUUGAAAGAUUUGCAAUUAUCGGUGUGUGGACUCAUUGUUGGUGACAUUCAACACAUCCCACGACAAUCUUUACAAAUUUUGGAUUUGAACCUGGAUCGAGAUCAGCUCGCCUUCGUUGCCGAUGGUCAUUUUAAAGAAUUGCGAAAGCUGAUUAUCCGUCCCAAGAAGUCUGAAGCCGAUUCUCCUAUUCCAGCCAUGACGUUUACCCAAUUUUUGAAAAUACUGAAAAAUUUACCUGCACUUACGAAUCUAGUCAUGUACACAAAAGCAACAGAGUGGAAGAAAGUUAAGAAGUUUUCCGUACGAAAUAUUGGACUUGUCGUUACGAAAUGUCCAGAGGAAAUGGAAAUUGGCCCAAAAUAUCAAAUGAUCACAAUCAAUCGAAGCAUGUUCCAAUAUAAUUUUGAGUCAUAAAUUUUCAACUACCGGUUUAACAAAUUAAUGAACUAUUUUCUAAUGUUUUACAUACAACAUUUUUUCGUGAAUUUGACUGACUAGUGUGUAUCAAUUAUUUUCCCGUGUGCCUUUUUGCAAGUGGCGUUGAAUAAAUAACUUGUAUGCAAAAA